AUGCUUCACGCGUCUCGAUCACUGAUUCGCACGUCGACAGACCUGCACACAACGAUUCGAAAUUCUUCAUCAACGAAACAUGUAUUCGCAUGUGUUCUUGGUUCCGGAGUAGCCGGAAGUUCAGUUGCAUAUCACUUGACAAAAAGAAAUAUCAAGGAUGUUCUUUUGUUGGAAAGAGCUUCUGGAGUAGCCUCACCAACUGGAACCUCAUUCCACUCUCCUGGUCUUGUCUCUGCCAGUCAUCCAGCUCAUCGAUAUAAGCCAAUUCUGGCUCAUUCUAUUGAGUUAUACUCGAAGUUGGAGGCUGAAACUGGAGUGAACAUUGAUUUCCAACCAACUGGAACCAUCCGUUUGGCAACAAAUGAGACUCGAUUGGCUGAGUUCAGAAAGUACGUGAGCAGAGAUUAUUAUAAGGAAGGAGAUGUCUGCAAAACCACUUUGCUCACCCCAGAACAAGUCCGUGAACUGGCUCCAGCUGUCGAUCAUUCUCGUGUUUUGGGCGCUCUUCACACUACAAACGACGGAACAAUUUCAGCCCGUGCAUUGACUCAAGCUCUCGUUGCUGGAGCGAAGAACGGUGGAGCUCAAGUAAUUGAUGGAGCAAUUCCACGUGAAAUUAGAUAUGAUAAAGAGAAGGGGCACUGGAUUAUUUCAUUGGAAGAUGGUACAAUGGUCACUACCCGAAAUCUGAUUAAUGCUGGUGGAAUUUGGGCGAAUGACAUAGCAAGACUCUCUGGACACGCACUUCCUGUUGUGGUUGUUGAACAUCAAUAUGCUGUUCUUACUCCAAACAAGACACCUGAUAACACUCCAGCCAUCAUUGAUCACGACUCGACAUUCUACGUUCGUAAAAGUGGAGAUGACUAUCUUUUCGGAGGAUUCGAACCUCUUGAGAAGACUGUCAUCCGCGAGGAUUGGUACAAAAAAGGAGUCCCAACUGAGGGAUCGAAGAGUAUAAAAGCAGAUUUCUCUCGUCUUGAGGAUGCUUAUAAGAGAGCUUGUGAGCUCAUUCCUGGACUUGAAGGAGCUAAGGUUGAUGCGCGUGCAGCUGUAUUCAGUAUGACACCAGAUGGAUAUCCAUUAGUUGGCCCAUAUGAUAAGAACUACUGGAUGUCAACUGGUUUCUUGGAUGGAGUCUCAUCUGGAGGAGGAAUCGGAAAGUAUUUGGCUGACUGGAUAGUGGAUGGAGAGCCACCAGCAGAGUUGUUCGAUACGGAUGCGAGUCGAUAUGAGAGAUGGGGAGACAGAAAGUUCUUCACUGAAAGAUCAAGAGAGACAUAUUCAAUGUAUUAUAACUGGUCGUAUACUGAUAGACUUGCUGGACGUCCGACUGACAGAAUCAGUGGAGUUUAUGGAAGAUUAAAGAAGGAUGGAGCUUCGUUCUCGUUCAGAAAUGGAUGGGAAGUCGCCAACUCUUUUAAUAUGGGUAUUCAACAUGAGGCAUACCUUCCAACUUUGAUCAGAGAAUACGAGAUGGUUACCAACAAAUGUGGAGUAAUCGAUUUGUCGUGGAAGGGAAAGAUCGAAGUGAAAGGAAAUGAUGCAGAGAAGCUGAUGGAUUAUGCUAUAGCUAGUCAGAUCCCAGCUCUCGGAAAGAUUAGCUCAGGAGUUAUGCUGACUCGUCAUGGCGGUAUCCUUGGCCCAAUGAUGAUUUUCCAUCAUGAUCGUCAACGUUCCGCCUUCAUUUUACUCACUGAGCCAGAGAGAGAAUCGAGAGAUUUGUAUUGGUUGAGAAGGGCAGCUGCUGAGAAACAAAUGGAUGUUCAGGUUUCAAUUGUCUCUGAAUACUUGGCAUCCCUCGCUCUCGUUGGUCCAAAAAGUCGUGAAGUCCUCUCUGCUCUGACGAAAUCUGAUGUUUCUGAUGAAGGAUUCCCACAGAAAUCGACUCGAAUGAUCCGUCUCGGACCAGUAGGAGUCGUCUGUGCUCGUUCAUCCACUUCCACCGGACAACUCUCUUAUGAACUUUUCCAUAAUCGUGCGGAAACUGCUAAAUUGUAUAAUGCUGUUAUGUCGGCUGGCCGUGAACAUGGAAUUGUCAAUUUCGGACAAGCUGCAUUGAACAUGAUGAGAUUGGAACACGGUUAUAAGAUUUGGGGAAAAGAAUUGACAUUGGACACGAAUCCAUUUGAAUGUGGAAUUGGAAGUCUUGUUGAUUUUAACAAGAAGGAAUUCAUUGGAAGAGAAUCUGCACUGGAAUUCAGCAAGAAGGAAUUCGACCGACGUCUCGCUUUGAUCACGUUUGACACCGAAGAGGGAAUCGUUUUGGACGAUAAAUAUGUUCCAAGUGGAAAUGAAGUCAUUCGUAUUGAUGGACAAGAAGCGAGAGUUGGACAAAUCACAUCUGGAGCCUACAAUGUCCGUCUUCAAAAGCCAAUCGCCUUCGCGUGGAUUGAUAAUUCCGUUGGAAAGAACGAACGACUUGUCGUCGAUAUUGGAGACAAACGCCUGUUCGCCACCAGUCUGGAGACCCCAACCAUCCCACCAAUCCAAUAA